UUUCACCAUUUCACAAACACUCACAUCAUAAGUACUUUCAACUACCAUAGCAGCUGUCACAAGAUCCUCUCGGGUUAUGGCACAGAGUUAUGUAGUAGUUUGUAUCUGCACUGAAACAACUAUUAACUGCAUUAUAUCACAGAAUUUCUAAAAUACUAAAAGCACAAAUACAUUUCUAAUUUUUCCAUUUUUGAUUCAUGCUAAUGUCUAGUGCUGAAUGCAAGUGUCAGUGUUUAACUUCUCUCCUAGACUGCUGAAAUGACACCACAUUACACCAAACCCAUACCUAAACAUAACCAUCUCUAAUACCUGCACAUAACCAAUUCUAACCUCAAUUCUAACAUUUGUUCUUUGGUCGUGAGUUUGUGUCACUAUUCACUAAAUCUCUUCGACUAAUUUUCUUUCAUUUCUAAUGAUUUCUAACAAAACAAGCUUGUGUUUGCCAUAAACCAUUGGGAUCUUGUGGCAACUAUUCAACUUAAACACCAUACAGUAUUUCACAGCAUUUCUCUCACCCAUAAAAUUUGAUGCAUUUUUUGUAUGGAAUGAUUUUGUUUGAUUUUUUUUCCUCAUGUUCCCACCUUCCACACAAGGCAUGGACUGAAACAGACUUGAUCAUUUUCCUCCAUUAGAUUCAUGUUAUCAUCCAAAAGUCAGCCCAGCCCCUGAGGUGCCAUAACGAACUGUACCCAUUUAAAUAUAGAGCUAGCAAGUAUACCACUGUUACUGUUCUAUAUUAUACAGUGAUUUUCAAACAAUGUUAUUAACAUUAACUGUUACUAUCACAUACAUUCAUAAAUAAAACUAGAAUAAUUAAGUAAACGAUGGAAUUUUUCCAGAUAUUGGAAUUAUCAGAAGAUGUUGAUGAGAACCUGCUUAGUUUGACAAAUGAUAUACUUUAUGUGAAAUGUAAAGAAGUCUCACUCACAUAUUUUCUUAUUCUGGCUUUUGGACUCUGAUUCACCAUGUUUUCCCUCUCAUUGUUCAUAACCUACAUGUGUUUCCAUCUUCCCUCUACUAGCCCUCAAGGAGGAGGUUUCUCACAUGGACCGUUCCAUGCAAGUCUUCAUUGUCAUGAUAACAAAUAACCACUCAACAUUCCCCUUUUUCCUCCCUGCCAACGCAUGUCCAGCUAACUCUUCACUCCUACGAACACCAGAUGGUCAUGUGCUGGGCAGGUGUUCCCUUAGCGCCCAUGCAGGGGUGGGCAUGUUCCCACGUCCUGUUGGCGUGGUGGUUAAAUGGGGUUAAACCCUCAAGUCUCGAGGUAAGAAAUGCAAUAAAACUGCUCAUGGUACGUCAGGUAAUGUACUCUUCCACCUUUCCUUUUUUCCAAUGUUUCAAUAUAUUUACAUUACAGUCAAAGCCAAGUGACAAUUCCUUAAAACGUAGUUGAAGAAUAUUUAAAUCUGUGAGCCACAUAUUGUUGCUGAGUGGCAUUUUGGUCCUGAUAGAUGCAGACUCAGAGGGCUGGUCCACUGCCUUCGUGAAGAAGUGGUUACAGACUGAUUUUAGCCCCACUUCUAUCGCCAAGAUGCUUUUCACUCCUGGAAACCCUGAACAAGCAGAGUGUAGCACUGAAGAGACUCUUCCCGUCACCACACCCAUGGAUGAGUCGGCUCAGCAGCCUCUCUGUUACCUGGAGGAAGUGGAGGAGGAGAUUUACAUCUCUGAACCCAUGCAAGAAAUUACAGAUGCUCCUCCCUCCAUCCAGGUGCCCACUGAAGACCUGUGUGUGGACCCUGGUCAACCAGCUACAUUUACUGCCAUCAUCACAGGGAGGCCUGCCCCUCAGAUCCAGUGGUACAAGGAUGAAGACGAGCUUGCAGCCAAUGACAAUGUGGAGAUGGUACAGCAUGGUGCCCGCUGCUCACUGACCGUAGUGUGCUCCGAGGGCGAAGACAGCGGCACAUACACCUGCUUCGCCUACAACAGCUCUGGUCAUGACUCGUGCCAGGCUCAGCUCACAGUGGAGGAAGGUCCACUGGAGUGUCAGGAGAGAGAGGUGGAGCUGGGGAAGAGAAGGAAGUUGUUCUCUGUCUAUGAUGUUCAUGAGGAAAUUGGAAGGGGAGCGUUUGGAGUGGUGAAGCGUGUGGUCCACAGAAGGACAGGUGAAGUCUUUGCUGCCAAGUUCCUGCCUCUGCGCAGCAGCACUCGGACGAGGGCCUUCCAGGAGCGAGACCUGCUCUCCCGUCUGGCUCAUCCCAGAGUGGCCUGUCUGCUGGACUUCUUCUGCACCAGACGCACUCUGGUGCUGAUCACUGAAAUCUGCUGUUCUCAUGGACUUCUGGACCAUUUAUUACUGAGAGGAUCAGUCUCAGAGAAAGAAGUUCAGUCGUACAUCCAGCAAAUCUUUGAAGGUGUUGGCCACAUUCACAGCAUGAACAUCUUGCAUCUGGACAUUAAACCUGAUAACAUCCUAAUGGUAUAUCCACCCAGAGACGAGAUUAAGAUCUGUGACUUUGGCUUUUGCCAAGAAAUGGACACAUCCAGACACCAGUACAGCAUGUUUGGAACACCUGAGUUCAUUGCACCUGAGAUCGUUCACCAAGAGCCAGUCACUGGGGCCACUGAUAUUUGGGCUGUUGGGGUCAUGGCUUAUCUCUGUCUGGUGUGUCGAUGCCCGUUUGUGGGUGAGACAGACCGUGCGACACUGCUGAGAGUGGGGGAGGGGACCCUGAACUGGGACGCGCCUGAUGUCACCAGCAGGAGCCCAGAGGCCCAAAGCUUUCUCCACCUGCUCCUUCAGCCAGAUCCAGAGAGGCGACCGUCUGCCUUUGAAUGCUUGAGCCAUGAAUGGUUUCAGGAUGAAAAUGCUGGAGAGGACACUGAGGAAAUUAACACAAAGAGUUUGAAAGUAUUUAUCUCAAAAACAAAAUGGCAGCGGUCUUUGACUUGCAUCGGGUCAGUUCUCGCGUUGAGGCCCGUCCCCGAGCUGCUGGACGCUCCUCUCAGAGAGACUGCGGUGACUGUGCCUCGCGAGCUGCAGGAACACAGCAGCACCUCAGUGAGCAGCGGCUCGUCAUCUGAAUACGAUGAAGCUGACUCCUGGGACUUUUUCCAGCACUACAGCCCGACUGAGGAGGAGGAAGAGGAGGAGACAGAGGAGGAUUAUGAUCCUUUAAUGGAGAGAGCACAGAUCCCAGAGCCUUUCCCCAAACUCCACCUCGGUGCGGAGGAAGAGGAGGAGAUGACAUUAGGGGAGGAAGAAGAUGGGGAGAUGCUAGAAAGGAGGAGUGUAUUGGAGAGGAGUAUGAGCAGGCAGUCGGUGGCGUCAUCGGAUGCAUCUUGCCAACAGACACCUCAGAGGGAGCGUAGGUUCAGCAAGGACAGCAGUCCAUCUCUCUACCUAUCUGACUGGGAUGAGGGCUCGGGAAGUGAUGGAGGUCGUAUCCCUCGGGGCAGCGUGAUCCGAAGUACUUUCUACAGCAACUCUCAACAGCUUUCACCCAUGUCUGCUAGACACAUGUCGUUACGGGACAAAUUCCAGGCCAGAAAACAGGAGAGAGGCCGCAAACCACUCAGGAGGAGCUUCUCAGGACGCCUCAAUGAGCCUCUGAUUGAAUAUGUGGAGGAUGAGACGGAAACUAACCGUGGUCAGAGACGGGGAUCCAUCCAACCCUCGAUACAGAAAUCCUGCUCUUUUGACAGCGGAGUUGGUCUCGCCCACGGCAACGUGCCCCCUCACAGGAGGAGCAGGUCCCUGGAUGAGUGUUCACGUCGCUCCCCCAGCUCCCCCCCGCGCACAAAGCCGGGUGACGAAGAAGGUUCUCAAAGUCUGAAGGAAGAUUUUACAGAUGAUGAAGUGGCAGGGAGGAAGUUGUUGGCCAUUCCGAGUCCACGGCGACCCACAAGAAGAAGAGGCUCCACGGCUCCUGUACAUGGAGCUCACACACUGGGUGCAACCUCUGCUCCAUCAAACUUCCUUGCUGGAAACAGAACGAGCAACAGGCAGGAUAGGGAGCAGACAGAGGGAGGAAACACCCUUGCUGGCUCCCUGGGUUCUCUGGCUGAAUCAUAUAUUUUGGAACACGGUGGUUCAGAGUCUUCGAGCAGACUCGGCUCCUAUGAGGAGCUGAGUCAUGGUCAUCUCAGAGGAAGAUACAGAUCAGGAGACAGUGAAGAGUAUGAUGAUCACCAGGAGCCUCUGCUUUCAUCAUCCUCCUGCUCAUUCCAAGAAGUCAAAACCAGAGGCUCAUUUCCACAGGCACCGCCGCGUAACCGCACCCGCUCCAACCCCAACUUAUUUGCAAACAGCAGGGGCCAGCCGGGGCCCUCACUGACGCCGAGCCCCAGUCCCAGCCUCUCCUCCCUCCAAGCUCCAGAGAGGCCUCCCAGGGCCAGGGAUAAGAAGGAAGCUCAAGGCCUCCAGAGGCAUGCGUCAGCUCCAGCCCUGGAAGUCCGACCGCCCACAGGAAAGUCACCCAGGCUGGGACUGCUGAAGAUCUUCCGCAGGCAGUCGUGGACUGGUCACUCUUACUCUCAACUGGACGACCCAGAGUUAGGACCCACGUUAGGAGAGAUCAUGAAGCCUGAUACACCCACCAUGUCUCUGAGGAAGAAAAUGAGAGCUUCAGCCUCCAGCCUGACCAAGCUGUUCUCCAGGUCCUCCAGUAAAGAGGAUGUGAGUAAAGGGCCAAUAGUAAAAGGAUCAGCUGCCGUCCCAGCCGAAAGGGAACAGGGUCUAGAGAGUCCAAAGAAAAGGACAUCCAAAAUCCUGCCUUCUUUCAAAAUACCCAGAUUCAGAAAGACCAAAGAUCUGCUGGUCCGUCCCAGCAAAGCUGACGUGCUCCAGUUAGAUGGAGGCGGAGUCCUGCUGGUUUGGAAACCUGUCAAGUCCAAUGACCCCAUCACCUACUGUGUGCAGUACUGUACAGAUGGUGGGGAUUGGACGGUCCUGUCAGAGGAGGUGACGGACAGCAGCUAUGUGGCGAAGGAUUUACCGAGAGGAGCGUCGUAUGUGUUCAGGGUCGGCUGCAUCACCACGACGGGAGCUGGACCUUUCAGUGACGCCUCAGCCCCUGUUGUUAUGGCGACUCACCCUGAAGAGACUCAAAUCUCUCUCAUUCAGACUGAGACCCUGGGGUCAAAGGUCACUGGAUCAGCACAAAAGAACUUCAGCUUCCUUGCUGAGAUUAACAGGGGUCGGUUCAGCGUACUGAACCUUUGCAGGGAUGUUGAGACCAGCCAAGUGUUUGCUGCAAAGAUCACCCCCUACCAGGCAGAGAAGAGGCAGCUGGUGCUGAGAGAGUACCAGCUGCUGAAGAGGCUUCACCACCCACAUCUGGUGCAGCUGCACGCCGCCUACAUCACCUCCUGCUACCUGGUGUUAGUGGAGGAGCUUUGUCCUGGCAAGGAGCUGCUCUACAGUCUGGCUGUGAGAGACCUGUAUGCAGAGUCUCACGUUGCAGAGCUGCUGGUUCAGAUUCUCGGUGCCGUCGACUACCUUCACAGCCGUCGAAUCAUCCACCUGGACCUGAAGUCGGACAACAUGCUGGUGGAUGACAACCACUUGAAGAUCGUUGACUUUGGCUCGGCUCAGUCCUUCACGCCCGGACAGCCCCUCAACGUUGAGCACAUCGAAGGCCUGUCGGAGAGCAAAGACUGCCGCAGCAAAGUUUAUAUUGUCCUUCCUAAAGCUCCGGAAAUCCUGGAGGGUCAGGGCGUCGGGCCUGAAACAGACAUCUGGGCUAUUGGGGUUCUGUCAUUCAUCAUGUUGAGUGCCAACAGUCCGUUCCAGGAAGAGCAAGACAGAAACAUCAAGAAGGGGAAGAUCCAGUUUGGAUGCUGUUACCCUGGUCUGUCAGAGGGAGCCUUAAACUUCAUGAAGAGCAGCCUGAAUAACAAAUCAUGGGGGAGACCCACUGCAGCCGAGUGUCUCCAGAACCCAUGGCUCCGUGCUCAUCGUGUUCCUCACAAAGUGCGACACUCCAAGGUGUGCUUCUCCACAGACAAGCUCAAAGCGUACCUCACGCAGAAGGAGGAGAAACGAGAGCUGGUCCGCACCAAGCUGCAGGGGCCCUUCUUCCAGUAAGACAAUGAUGCCCCCUUCAAAGAAAGUGGGAUUUUCUUUCACCAGCCGAUUUCCCUAAACAAUCUGCAGCCUAUUUAAUUUCAGUUGUGUGGUAAGAUUUUUAAAAUCGUUUUUGAAUAUCAUCUGAUUUUGAAAAUGUGAUGCGUCUUAAUGAGUUUUCAAAAUGUUCUUAUGCGUUAGGUUUUACAUGAGAGUGCGGUGCAUUUAGUUUAGAUUUUGUUCAUGUGGCAACAGAUCAGGGAUAAAGUAAAGUCAAUGCAAGUGUGAAUCUUGAUUUGUGACAUGAGAAUCAGUUGUUAUCAAACAGCUGCACGUGUUCGGUCUGACAGUAAAACAUAUUGUCUGUGUUAUUCUGCUCCGUAUAAGCCAAUAUAUUUCUGACUAUUUAAUUUAAAUCUUUACAGGUUAAGCUUACAAUGUGUAAAAGGGAACUCGAUAAGCUGUUUGGGUUUUAUUGGAAGCUUCUAAGUUUCAUGUUGAUAAUAUGUUGGGUCAGCAAUCUCCCUGAAUGACGUAAUGAAUGACAGAUUCAUUAAACAACACAAAAGUGA